ACCUUCCUGGCCACCUUGGCGCGCAGCACCCCGGAGGAGGAGGAGCUUCAGCUGCAGGAACGUAUAGAAUUCAGCAAGAGAGCCGUCUCCUGGGUCCUAGAGACCUCCAGCAACCUCCACCGCCGCAUGCAGGAACUAUGUGAUCGCCUUCACAGCGGAGCGUUCGAGCAGCUGGACGAGUCUCUGCGCACACUGAACAAGGAGCUGAUCACCGAGAACCACAGACUGCAGGACCUCGCCACCGUCCUGCAAGAGAAGCACCACCGCAUCUCCCUGCAGCACCACGAGCUCCAGGACCGGGCGGUCUCCUCGGAAACGAAGGUGUCGGAGAUGGAGCGGAGCAUCGAGGACCUCCAGUGGGAUAUGGAGAAGCUGAGGAAACACGAGCAGAAGCUGAACCGUCACCUGGCCGAGGCCCUGGAGCAGCUGAAUUCCGGCUAUCACAUCUCGGGGAGUUCCGGAGGCUUCCAGGGGGGACAGACCACUCUGACUGUGCAGAAGUUUGAGAUGCUGAACGCGGAGCUGGAAGAGAACCAGGAGCUGGCCAACA